AAAUUUGAAUCAACCGCCCGCGUUGCUGGUUGGUUUUUUAUUGCGUGCGUUGUAGCACGGGCACAGUAGCAUCGCAGUAUUUCGGCAGCAGCUCAUCGCGAGUGAUUCACCGUCCGUGGAUUAAUUCCUGGCGUCUACGCUGUAACUUGUUUUUGCUUUGCUCUUCAAGCCGCUGAAGUGGACUCGUCAACAGUGAACGACCAACAGCAGAGGCGACGCACCGCUCGCCUUCCCAAGGCUCGGUUACGUGCCCGUGCCCGGGACUUUGAAGGUGGCGUUGGCGCGCAGCUCGUCAAGGUGAAGUGCCUGGAGCUGCAAGCCAUGCCGAGAAUCUACCAGGCCCAUGAAAAUGCUGCAGCCAGCCCAGCUUCAACGACGGCCAACUCCCAGCAAAGCCCUGGCCAUAGGAGACCGGUUGCAGGCCAGCUAAAGAAUGUGUGUGUUCCUUCAGCGCGGCCACUGCCAGCCAGCUCACCUUGUGGCUUUAGGGACGGCGGAAAACAGCGACUCCGCCAGUUCUGGCAACUUGUUUUGGAUGAACGCAACACAGCCACAUCGUCGCCGAGCCAGCAACACCUGCAGGUGACUCCUGACAGAGCUGACCUGAAGGCUGGUUCCUCCUUCGUACCUUUUGUGGACCAGUGUCGACAGCCAUUCGCCAUCAUCCAGCCUAUGGAAAUCGCUAGCCGCCAAGCUUCAGAGUUGCCCCAGCACAUCAAGCCAUGUGUACCGAUUGCCGAGCAUAUGCACUUGGGGCUGAUGCAAGCACGCCCAUUGCCUGCAGAAAUGUCUCCGCACGUUGGCAGCGCCGUCGUCAAACCAGCGUCGGAGCAUUGCCAGCAGCAAUUUGGCAUACCUGCGCCCAUGAACACUCCCUCUCCCAGCUCGCGAAUUCCUCGCAUCUCACGGGCCUGCUCCACUGCACAUAGCCAACAGCAAGUCGGGAGUUGCAUUGAAACACUGCACUCGUCCCCUUCCGUCGGCAGCACUUUGUCAUGUGCCAGGCUUGGGCCCUGCGCAGGUGAUCGAGCGUGUGAGCCCCAGGAAGCUGCCACAGCAUCUGUUGCUACCUUGACGGAUGCCAGCCAGACGAAGAUGUGUGCUCCUCAGAAGUCAAGAAAGAGCAUCGUACCUUCAGUUGGCCAUGAAUACGGGGAUACGAGCCUAUCCAGUAGCAGCUCCUACAGCCCUCUGCCGCCGUUUGAACUCCAUUUCUUCUCGCCCGACUUUGAAAAGUACAGAAGUCCCUUCAAAGACUGCGUAGAGGACUACAAAUCCCCCAUCUUGCAAUAUGAUGACUCCUCCCCAGAGCUUACUCCACCACGGGUGACCACAACUGAUGCCAAAAAAAAUGUCGCCAUCCCCUUGCCAGACUCGCCAGCACACUACACAGAUGCACCCGAACCAUGUUGCAGUGCUGACAACUUCAUCCUUCCCUCUUCUGUGACCCUGAGGAAGCGGCGAGCAACUAAGUACAUUUCUCCUCUUGCCGUCUCAGAAUACUCGCCGAAAUGUCCAACAGAGCGUGUGGAACUAAGCCCCGAGCAGGCCACACAGGAUGAGCUGGAAGAGCCUAAGCUGGAAGAGUCGAAGGGCCCCGGGAACAAUGCAUCUUGCAGUGGCCAAGCACUGACCAUACCGAAGUUUCUGAGCCCAGACAUCUCAGCUUAUCGACGUCUCAUUCGGGAGGAGAUCGCCAAAUGCUACGAUGUGUACAUGGGAUCACCAUCCCCGUCGAUUGACUCUCCCGCAAGCACAGCGUCAGCGGCAUCACUUGAAAACAAUGUUGCCUCUUCACCAACUGCCGCAACUCCUUCCGCGUCUUCUUCGUCGACGCUGGCCGCUGCAUUUGCAGGGUUGUUUCCACAGCCGACGCCCAGUUCAAUCUCCAGGCCGAUGCCGCAUGUACAGCGCCGCCUCAGCACAGUCUUGGAGUGCACUGAAACAAGCGUCAAAGGAAGCUUGACAACUGCGCUUUGGCCACCUCUUGGAGAAAUUGAAGAGAGUCUUAUUGCCAAUGCAAGGCAGCCAACAUUGAUUGAUGGAAAUUUCAGUGCAGCCUCGCCAUCUAUGGCGGUGUGCCUGGGAGAGGAGGUGGAACAGGACUCGCAAGAGCUGCUCUCGGAUUCACUGGCUUCGUUUAUGAAACACGAGCAGAGCAUCUUGCUAGCUGAGAACGAUAUUGACACUCCCAAAAGCACUUCGUGAGUCCACGCCAGAUAGGAAGAGUGAAAUGUCUGCUACUCUGUGAUAUUUUACUUUGCUUUUUAAUGUUUCCUAUAUUUUAAUUUCUGACAAGCAUGCUGGUAAAGCAUUAAAAAGCGCAAGGGUUAGUGUGAAGCACAUGUAUGACAAAGUAACAGUCAACGAGGACAAGUGCUGUAGCCCAAGUACAAUGAAACUUGCCAACUAGACCAGCCCAUUGUACUUAUAAGGUACGGUAUAGUUAAUGUAAAUUUGUCACAUUUGGGCACCCCAAUAAUGUGCCAGCUGUAUAUUGAAUAAAGCGUCGAGAAAUCAUUGUCA